UUGAAUAGGUACAAGAAUCAGUUCAAUUGCAAGGAGAUUAUGUACUUGACAACCAACCUCAUACUCCCACAUUCACCGUGAUAUCAAGACAGCUUCACGCAUACUAGUCUGUUCCCCGGUCUGGUCAUAUACUGCAGUCAUCGUGGACCGUCACCUUCCGACAUCCACUGCUCCCUGAGCAACACAACCUUCUACUUCCCGAGAAAGCCGCUGAGACACAAUAAGCCACUACUCCCAGCUUGUGUGUCCUCGACACUGUUACUAUACUUAGCUACCAAGGUUCCCCAAAUCAGCGCGUCCACUCGCAACCGUCGCCACCAUGCCAGGCCGUUUACUUUCCAGCUUUGUCCGCCCUUCCCUCUCCCAUCAUUCAUCGUCCGUCUCACACUCCAACUCCUCGUCCUCCUCGUCUGUGAACGAGAUCCCGAACAACACCGUGGCCUCUAAGAAGCCAUCUACCCACCUGAUCGUGGACAGAGCUCGCUCCCCCGAACGCCGGCUAUCGUUCGCGAUGGAGCAUCUCAUUCACCCUCACCGCGACCACAGCAAGGAGAAGCGACGAAGCCACGGCCGCUCCGCUCGUUCAAAGGAGCGUGCCGGCCAUGACCACAGUGCCAAUCCCUCUGCAAAGCUCGAUGUGAUUGUGGAAUCCCCCCCGCUCGUGUGUUACGGUACCCCUGCCAAUUCAACUGGCGCUUUAUUCUCUGGACGCCUCAAAAUUAGCAUCGCUGAAUUAGCCGGCAUGAUCACGCUUGACACGUUCGACAUGCGUCUUAUGAGCAAAAUCACGACCAAGAAGCCCGUUUCGAGAGACUGCUCCAACUGUGCCUCGCGAACUGAGGAAUUGACCCAUUGGAGUUUCCUCACCGAGCCUCUCGCCCUGAAGAGCGGCGACCACGAAUUCCCCUUCAGCUACCUGGUUCCCGGUCAUCUUCCCGCUUCCUGCAACGGCUCACUGGGUCAGAUCGAGUACUUCCUAUCUGCACGUGCUCACAGCGUCACUGGGGAAGAGUUCACUUAUAAGAUGCCUCUGCACAUCAAGCGCGCGAUUCUUCCCGGCAACGACAAGUCCUCCAUCCGUAUCUUCCCCCCCACCAACCUCACCGGUCGUAUUGUCCUUCCGUCCGUUGUCCACCCCAUCGGUACCUUCCCCGUGCAGAUGACGUUGAGCGGCGUGGUGGAUAAAGGCGAGGAAACUCAGACCCGCUGGCGCCUGCGAAAAAUGAUGUGGCGGAUUGAGGAACACCAGAAGAUUGUCUCUACAGCCUGUGCCAAGCACACACACAAAAUCGGAGGCGAGGGCAAGGGUGUCCUUCACCAGGAGACCCGGGUCAUUGGUCAUAACGAAGAGAAGGACGGCUGGAAGACGGAUUUCGACACCGCCGGCGGUGAAAUCAGCAUGCAGUUUGAAGCCAGCAUCAACCCAUCUUGUAACCCAGUGUGCGACCUCGAAGCUUCUGGUGGUCUGGAAGCUCGUCAUAACCUCGUCAUUGAAUUGAUUGUUGCCGAAGAGUUCUGUCCCAACCGCAACACGAGACUCAUCACCCCGACCGGCGCAGCGCGCGUUUUGCGCAUGCAGUUCCACCUGCUUGUUACCGAACGAAGCGGGCUUGGCAUCAGUUGGGACGAGGAAAUGCCACCAGUCUAUGAGGACGUUCCUGCUAGUCCCCCUGGAUACACUAUGCUGGACGGAAGCAGCAUCAUGGAAGACUACCAUGGAUCUCCUCUGCAUCUUCCGGAGUAUGAGGAAUUGGACCGCAUGGAGUCGCUGCGCCUGGACAGUGACUCGACACAUUCCUCCUCAACACGGGGACGCUCUCGUAUUACCCCCGAUGAUUUAUCGGCCGAGCCCUUGGAACUCGAGACAAGAACCCGAGCCAUGUCUCCUGUCGAGCCUGAGGCAUAGACCGAUCUCAAUACUGGCCGUAUUGCGAUCACAUAUUUCCAACACAUCUUCAAAAUCGGUUGACCUUAGUCACCGGACCUUUAUGAAUUCACGACUGCUUACGAAAUUCAACGAUUUCCCCCGCAAAAGGAUUCAAGGAUUCGUCCUCUUGCACUCUCAACAGUUUCCGAAAAUCGGGUUCCAGGCUCUCACUACCUCGUCUAAUCGCUAAUUGUCUCACCCCUGUGGACUGUGGAGGAAAAUACAAAAAGUUUGUUAUAGAAAUUAUGUUAUGCUGGGUGAAUUUCUGUGCUUUGGAUGAUACCCAUUAUCUGCUGUCAAGUCCGAAUAUUUUCAUUUGUCUAUUCCUGUUACUGGCAUCAUACAUACCCAGGUACAUACAUUUCCGCUCGUGAUGUGGACAUCUUUCUACACAUAACGUUUAUGAUUGAACAAAAUGAAUCAAUGACAAAUCACCUCUUUCAAUUA